CACACACACACACACACACACAGUCUCACCCUCUCUCUCUCCCCACCUCUCUCCCUCUCUCUCAUACACACACACACACACACACACACAUACACAUUGUGUCCCACGCCUAUACUGUGCCCCAUGGCAGACUGUGUGACCCGUAGGCUUCCGCUGUGAAAUAUAGCGAGCAGAUUUUCCCCGCUUUUCUCGGCUUGUGUGUGUGUGUGUCAUUUUAAACCAUGCUGCUGUUGUAUUUCCCUACGAUGUAAAUGUGAUUGCAUGGCGAUUGAACAAAAGAGGGAGAGAGUGACAAAGGAGCAGUUUAGUCCCAACACACGCAGAACACAGGGGUGGCUGCUGCCAUAUCGCGUGAUCUGCAGCAAGGCCUGUGCAACUGUUAAACAUGGACUCUCACUCAAAGUUCAUACAUACGAUAACUACGUAAUUGCAUCUCUCAUAUAGGCUACAAUCAGGUUUCCACACUGGCUGCUGCAUAUAUUUUAACAGCCCCCCCUCCUCUUCAUGUGUAGGCGAUAAAGUUAGGUUUCACUAUUGACUGUAACACUGCAAUGCACGGUGCGUUGCAUACCAAUCAGCUGAGCCUCUCCUCUGUCUACUAUAUGCAUGUGUGUGUGCACGUAUGUGAGAAAGAGACCGCUUGCCUGUGAGUCGAAGGUUUGUGAGAUAAUCCAUAGCUCAAUCCUGAACUCCACAACCAUCUCACCACUGUUAUCUUUUGUGGGGGGUUUUUAAUAUAUAUCAGCUUGUCCACACUGUAGAGACACAAGGUAUCCACGAGCUUUUAAUUGCACAAUUAAAGAAUAACAGUUAACAGUUAAACAAGCACAAGCUCCUAACCCCCUCCCCUGUGCGUUAUGCGUAAUAAACUCAUUCCUAAGUGGCACAUUAUGCAGCCUAUACACUCUCAACACGUAAAGAUCCACCCUGUUUUCACUACACCGCCCGUGAUUGCGGGGAAAAGACUACCUUGCGUGACAAAAAGGAGUCGGAAGAUCCAGAUCCGGAACAUUCCCCCUCAUCUACAGUGGGAGGUUUUGGACGGCCUUCUAGCUCAGCAUGGUACUGUAGAAAACGUGGAACAAGUGAACACUGAUACAGAAACAGCAGUGGUGAAUGUUACAUACGCAACCAAGGACGAAGCUAAAGUAGCCAUUGAGAAGUUAACAGGACACCAGUUCGACGACUACUCUUUCAAGGUGUCAUAUAUUGUGGACAUGGAUGCUGCUCCGCCCAACCAGGCUCCCCGCACACGGCGCGGAGGUCGGUCGUCCCGGGACCAGGGCGCCUCUCAGCCCGGGCCCUCAGGGGAAUUUGGCGGUCCACGGUCAAGACAACACGACUUCCCCCUGCGCAUUCUCGUGCCUACUCAGUUUGUGGGAGCCAUCAUUGGCAAGGAAGGCCUCACCAUCAAGAAUGUCACCAAACAGACGCAGUCCAAGGUGGACAUUCAUCGUAAGGAAAAUGCAGGUGCAGCAGAAAAGCCCAUCACCAUCCACUCAACUCCAGAGGGCUGCUCCUCCGCCUGUCGCAUGAUCAUGGACAUCAUGCAGAAAGAGGCCAACGAGACCAAGACGAUGGAGGACAUCCCUCUAAAAAUCCUCGCCCACAACAGUCUCGUGGGCCGGCUGAUUGGGAAGGAGGGCCGCAACCUGAAGAAGAUUGAGGAGGAGACAGGGACCAAGAUUACCAUCUCCUCGUUACAAGACUUAACCAUUUACAACCCUGAGAGGACCAUCACGGUGAAGGGCGACUUGGAGGGGCGUUGCAAAGCCGAGGCGGAGAUUAUGAAGAAACUGAGGGAAGCCUAUGAGAAUGACAUAGCUGCUAUAAACCAACAGGCUAACCUGAUCCCAGGCUUGAACCUGAACGCUCUGGGCAUCUUCUCCUCUGGUCUGCCGGUGCUGCCCCCUGCUGCUGGACCACGCGGUGCAGUGCCCCCUGUGGCACAGGCAGGAUACAACCCAUUCUUAAGUCACUCUUCACAUCUCAGUGGCCUGUACGGGGUUCCUCCAGCAAGUGCCAUCACCCACCAGCAUCCACACCAGGCUCAAGAGCAGGAGGUUGUCUACCUCUUUAUUCCAACUCAGGCAGUCGGGGCCCUGAUCGGGAAGAAGGGCCAGCACAUCAAACAACUCGCCCACUUCGCUGGAGCUUCCAUCAAGAUUGCACCAGCUGAGAGCCCAGAUGUUACUGAGAGGAUGGUGAUCAUUACUGGAACCCCAGAGGCUCAGUUUAAGGCCCAAGGUCGGAUAUUUGGGAAGCUGAAAGAGGAAAAUUUCUUCACCGCGAAGGAGGAGGUCAAACUGGAGACGCACAUCAAGGUUCCCUCAACUGCAGCUGGCAGAGUCAUCGGUAAAGGCGGUAAGACGGUAAACGAGCUGCAGAAUCUAACGAGUGCUGAGGUCAUCGUACCGCGGGACCAAACUCCAGACGAGAAUGACGAGGUCUUUGUGAAAAUCAGUGGGCAUUUCUUUGCCAGCCAGACUGCACAGAGGAAGAUCCGGGAGAUCAUUCAGCAGGUCAAACAGCAGGAACAGAAGCACCAGCAGGGCGCCGCUGUGUCACCGCACCACUCCAAGUGACCAGCGGGGUGGCUCCAGCGGGCGCCAGCCAAUGAAUGUAGCUCUCCUAAACGGACAGAGACAAAGGCCAAGGCCGAGGGGGACAUGCAGGGCAGACCAGCAGCACCGAACAAAACCAAAGAACUUCACUAGGGGGGAAACAAGUGGGAGCCAAAGGCUGAGGGCAUUGUGUGCACUGCCAGCCCUGUGAGAGCAGACAGAGUGGGAAAAACCGUACUCAUGUGACAUAAUAAAAAGACCAAAACAACAACAAAAAAAAAACUAAAUCUAAAAGAAAGGUGGAAACUGUUGUCUUCAGAGUUAAAAAGGUAAACAGGAAAUAGUA